UCAGUGUCCAUGACUCAGGUUGGAAGCAUCCGUGACAGUGCCAUUAGUUGGUUUUUUUGGAAAAUGCUGAAAAAGGAAAGGAGGAGCGAGAGGGAAGUUGAUAUGGUUUGGAGAAUCGUUUGAAAGCGCACGCACGCACACGCACACACACACACACACACACACAGAGACACACGCGCACGCACGCACACACACACACACAGAGACACACGCGCACGCACACACGCACGCACACACACGCACGCAGCACGACGCACUCGGCUCGUGACAGCAUCGUUGAGCGGGUGCGCUUCAUCAGCAGCUCACGCCAAAUCACGCAGGUAUCGGAUCUCAGAAAACGACGAGACGAAGGAGUUCAUCAAGAGCGUGUCCUGGCGUCCUCUGGAGAUCUGAAAAGACCUGAUACAAAGGAUCAACAAACGCAAAGAGGGAAUCUCAGCUUUGAAAGACUCAGGCCAAGCUCUGAAGGAAAGUCCGUCGUGGAAAUUACUCUGAAAAGUGUUCUUUCUUGGAUUGGAUGCUUUGCAGCCUUCUUGCUAUCUUCACACUCUCCACUCUGAGGAAGUCCACCUCAUGGGAUAAAAUAUUCUGCAUUCGACUGCGUUUCACCUGAAGAAAAUGUUCUUAAUCAACUGUCAAGUCUGUUUAAUUUGAUGAUUUGAAGAAAAUAUGAUUUUAAGGCGUGCCUGCGUGGUUUUCAUACUUGACUGAAGAUUUUAGCAAUUUAAGAAUCGUGACUUUCCGUUUUCUCAGCUGGAUUGCUGAGGUUUUGUUGUUAUCAAGGAUACAAUCAUGGUGAUGUCCCAGGGUACCUACACUUUCCUGGCGUGCUUUGCUGGAUUCUGGCUGAUUUGGGCCCUUAUUGUCAUGGUUUGCUGCUUCUGCAGCUUUGUGCAGCGUAAACUGAAGCGGCGGCGUGAGGAGAGGCUGAGGGAGCAGUGUCUGAGGGCCUUGGAGAUGGAGCCUUUGGAGUGCACAGGGGUAGGAUACCCUCCGAGAGAACCACCUCAGUUCUGUCCACCACCUCAAAUGAUGUCUCCACAGCUGCCAGUUGCCCACACGAUUCCUCAAGGGAACUGGACACCACCCCCAGCUCCUAUUCUCCCAGUGGAUAACGAUGCCUGUGGAAAACCGCCUUGCUACGAGGAGGCCGUUCUGAUGGAGGAUCCUCCUCCCCCUUACAGCGAGGUCCUUGCCGAUCCCAGAGGUGGAACGUACACUAAACCUGUACUGAGGUCCUCCAGGGAGCACCAGGAGUCCGAGACCAGAAAGAUGGCGCCCGUGACUGUGUUUUCCGAGCGUGGCUAUUCGUCGCUGAUCCGCUUUCCCUCGGCCAGACGCUGGGACUCGCUGGACCACCUGCUCUCCAACGUGGACCUUAACCACUCCAGCAUGGCGUUGGAGCCGCACGCCGCGGCGAUGGCCACAAUGCCCCGUGACGGGCGCGCUCACAUGGACUUGGGCCUGCGCAGCCUACGGCCUCUGGACCACAGCUAUGGACUGCCCACUGCUUUCCCUCUGUUGGGACGAAGCACGGCAGUGUGAACCUCCAUUUGGACCACUGUGUGACACUUUACGAGGAAAAUUGUCAGCCCUUCCUGCAGGGUUAUUGAUUUGGCAAUUUUUUUUUUUUGCGCAGUGAUUGGUGAGAAAAGCUUCUCAGAAGGACUCAAAAAAUCUUUUCUUCUCAAGCUGAAGAUCGUAUGACAGAUGUAUUUCUCCAGCUCUCUUUCUUUCUUUCGCUGUGUGGCGUCCCUGCCUGAUGCAGAGCAGUAGCUAUUAUGUGAGCAUUGUUGCCAUGGUUCCUGGGCCUCUCUUCUUCCCUUUUUUUUGUCUCGACAGCCUUGGACUGAUGUAACAUAAGCAGGAUUUGAAAUUCUGUUUUGUAAACUAGAUAUAGCACAGGGCCACAGCAUAGCAAAACAUUCAUGGUCUGUACUGUAGCCAUAUCAUAGCCUGGGAGUCGGAGUGUGUCAGAACAGUGGCUUACCGUCUGGACAUUCAACUCCACAUUUAGCAUUUUUAAAUUUGGUAAGGAGACCCUUAUGGCUUUCGUUGACAGAUAGCAUCUUUUCAGGGCAGCAGUUGGUUCACUUUGCAUACUGUAAUUUAAUCAGCGGUGCUCCAAAGCGAGGUUUCAUUAUGACAUUGACGGGAUGGUUUUGUAAAAUAAUCAUAAUAAUAAUAAGAAGAAGAAACUGUCCUGGUGCAGUCUGACUCUCAGACUAGGUCCAUCAUGCUGCUCAAGUGUACAAAAUGUACUGUAUAAACUGUGAAAAAUGACCUUGCUGCUCUGACAAGGUAAAAUGUUAUGAAAUACAGACAUCUGCACAA